AUGUUUAGUGAAAGCGUCACAUCAGGGGUUGACCUGUUGGAAAAAAGGACCAAGAAGCUCUUUGGAGUAGAUACUGAUCCAAGUCAGAUCUUUGUUGAUGAUGACGCUUCUUCGCUCUACUCACAAACGAUAAUCGAAAAGCAGUAUAGGAACACACAGAGCUUGCCUGAAUAUUUGGAGGCCGAAAUAGAUCGUGAAAAGUACGGUGAAUCAUCCAUAAUAACCUCAUUGAAGGAGAAAGCACUACCUGAUAUCAAUCGUUCAUCUCAGCAGGCUCAACUGGUUUUGAGAAAGAACACCCAGGAUAUACAAGCGCAACAGCUGAUAAAGGCUCAAGCUCAAACGGCGGGAUUAUAUUCUCAUAUGGAGAAACCAGAAUGGCAUGCACCCUGGAAACUAAUGAGAGUCAUUGUUGGCCAUACGGGGUGGGUUCGAAGCGUUGCUGUUGAGCCGGAAAAUAAAUGGUUCGCCACUGGAAGCGCCGACAGAACCAUUAAAGUCUGGGACUUGGUUUCUGGCAAGCUAAAAUUGACCUUGACUGGUCAUAUCAUGGCAGUGAGAGGCCUGGUCAUUUCAGAUAGACAUCCUUAUUUAUUUUCAGGGUCCGAGGACAAAACUGUCAAAUGUUGGGACUUGGAGAAAAAUCAGAUCAUCAGGGACUAUCAUGGUCACCUCAGUUCUGUGUAUUCUGUGGAUCUUCACCCCACCAUUGAUAUAAUAGCUACUGCAGGAAGGGAUUCGGUGGUAAGAGUGUGGGAUAUUCGGUCUCGUACACCAAUACAUACGUUAACUGGCCAUACAUCGACAAUAACCAAUGUUAAGUGUUUACCUACCGACCCCCAAAUUAUUUCAACUUCUAUGGACGGUACGGUGAGAUUGUACGACCUUGUCGCCGGAAAAUGCAUGAAGACCCUUACUCAUCACAGAAAGGCUGUUAGAGGGAUGUGUGUCCAUCCUCAGGAAUACGCUUUUGCUACCGCAUCUUCUGAUAGCAUUCGUCAAUGGAAAUUACCCGAGGCGCAAUUGUUAAAUAAUUGUGCCCCUGUGGAGUCUAACAAAAUAAUCAACACCCUCAGUGUGAACCAGAAAGGUGUAUUGUUCAGUGGCGCUGAUGAUGGGACUUUGGGAUUCUUUGAUUGGCGUACUGGACACCAAUUUCAGGCGGCUAAGAAUGAACCUACCCCAGGUUCUCUUGACUCUGAAUCAGCGGUAUUGGCAUCAACUUUUGACAAUUCCGGUUUGAGAUUAAUCACAUGCACAGCAGACAAAACCAUUAAGAUUUGGAAGGAGGACGAAAUGUCCACACCAGAGACAGAUCCUGGUCUUCCAUGGGAUCCCACAACUCGCAUAAUUGACUAA